AUGACACCUUUGAAAAAUGUUCUUCAGGUGCCAUCUUUAAAGAGACUGGACACUUCCGAUAGAAACAGAUUUAUAACUGCGGGUCUGGGGAUAGUUGACGAAUGGAUGAGUGGCCGAGACUUCAAAGAAGAGGUGAGUUGCACAGAGUUUGAGAGUAGUGAAGAUGCCAACAUAACACUACGAUGUGAAGUUUGUGGUAUUAUCAUCUCGGGAAAAAGAAAUUGGUAG